AUGCCACCGAUGUACGGCCAGAUUCAAAGUAGCUGGUACAUCAACAAUAGGUCCUUACAUACAUUUUUCUUCCUCAGCUUCGUCCAGGAAUUCGUGGCCGACCCCCUCGACGGCGUGGGUCUUCUGUUGGACCUCCUGCGGGCCAUCCAACUCAGCCAGUCCAACAACGCCCACUGCCAACCGGGAUCUUCCGCGACCAUUGGAAAAGUACCCCCUUCCGUUCAAAGAAGAACCUUACUGGACGAACUCUCUUGUCUCCAGUGCCUUCUGAGCUGCUGCUCCAGGUAUUCAGAAGCCGUGAGGAAGCUGACGGCUACCUCGGCAGGUCUUUUUACCCUGGCUAUAUGUAUAAUGAGCAACGUCAACAAGUCCAGGAUUAUAGCACUGCAGCUCUUGAGUAAGGCCUGUGAACCCCCCACAAACGGCCACGCGGCGGUUUCUGAGGCUAUGUCGACGCUUAGGCUAAGAUUCGGCGAGCCCGUCAGAUUUCGCUUCCUGGUAGGCAUGUUGAGUUCGACGGGAGGCCAAAGGGAACUUUUAGCGGCGGGAAUUAAGUUCCUCAACAGAUUUUUGGAUACUGCUGGAUCUGUACAGAAGAGGCUUUAUAUCCAGGCGGAACUGGAGCAAGCAGGAUUCGAUAUUGAAGUUGUUAAAAAGAAUGUAAGUAACCUUAACUCUAGCGAUCCAAUCCUGGAAGAGAUCACCCAUUGGGAAAAGAACAGCGUCAACGUAGAGAAACUUACGCUAAGACUACAAGACGCUGAAAAGGAAAACGACGAUCUUCGGGACAAAGUUCUGUUGUUGGAACGGAAAGUACAGAUUUUGCAGGAAGAAAAGGGAAUCCUAAUCUCUCUAGAAAAAUGCCUAAAGGAGAGAUGCAGCGAACUCCAAGGAGAAGUGCAUUCUCUGAAGUCUGUCAAGUCCCAGAUCAGCUCCACGCAUCUCCCAAACAAACAAGGCGGCUCAACACCGGAAGACGAAGGUAUAUCCUCGUCAGAGCGCAGCCUAACCCCUGAGGAAGACGUCCAGAGGAACUCUUCGGUCUACGAGCUCUACAGCCUGCCGGGGGACUCGGUCCCGAUGAAACCGAAACAACCGCAACAGGAGGAUGAAGAGGAAACGACGAUCGAGGAGGUGAUAGAAGAGCUCAGGAACAUAAUCAACGACGCCGAAACGGAGGCCUUCAAAAAGAAGGAGCGCGAAGACGAAGAGGAAAGGAAGAGAAUAGAAGAAGCCCAAGUAGCUUCAAAGCUCCAGAUGCGCGUGGAAGUGGACGAUUAUGCUCUAUCUAGCGAAAUUGAGAUUAUUCCUUCGAACUUACACCCGCAACCGCCUAGGAAGGCGAGGAGUUUGAUCCACUUGUUCGUGCCAGCCGAAGACUACGACUAUUGCAACAGCAAGGAGAUGUUCUUCGAGAACGAGACGGCUUUUACUUCGGAGGAAGGCUCCGAUUCCCUCCUGAGCGCCUCCAAAUGUCAGCUGCCAAGGGUGGAGAAAGAACUGUCGCCGCAAAACGAAAGCAAAGUGAGGAAGUGCAAGCGUACCUCCACGAGGACCAGCAUCAAGCGAGCGGAGUCCUUCAAGAGGACCGGCACGUUACGGAACGAUUCCCAGUGCUACACCUCGUGCCAGCAGAAGGAAAAGCAAAGGAUCGAAGCCUUGACCAACAACCGGACCAAGUGCAAGAGCCUGGAUAGGAUAGACGGCGGUUUGGACACGCUGGUCGACAUCAUCGUAACGAACCACACGGAAGAGAAAGCCUCGCCGUGCAGGUCCAAGAGUGACUCGGGGAACGUGACGGGCACUUCCCUGUGCAGGAGUAUUUCCAACGUGGUCGUCAACCCCAAGAGGGAGGGGAGGUCGAGGCUCAGCACCCACUCGGAGGAGAAGCAGAAGAUGUUCCUGCCGUCGCAGAGGGACAACGGAGAGAUCCCCUAUUACUUCCCGAGGAUCCAGGAGAAGAGGAACAGCUCCAGCACGAAUUUCCUCAUCAAGAGGGGACACACCAACGCCGGGUUGUAUUCAGGGACCGGGCAGGUGGUUGUGGAUAGCCACCAGGUCCUGCUGGCAAAGAGCAAGGAGUUUUCGGGUAGCUCCAGGAUGUGCGGGAAACUUACGGACUUGCCUUCGGGACUGUAUUGAAGGUUCGGUUAGUUUUUUUUUAACUUACAACGAAUUCGAUUCUGUUUAGGUAUUUUAUUAUGUAUUUUACUUUUUAUAGGUUCAUUAAUGAGGGAAAGUGCAAGGUGGGCCAAUUUUGACACUUGACAGGGUUUUUAUAUGGUUUUAACAUGUUAUGCGACAGUUCAGAACAAUUCAUAAGCAAUGCGAUAGGAAUGGGGGACCACGAACCUUGUUUUUGAGAAAUGUUAAAACCACUCGCUUGUUAAAACUCUAGGCGUUCUUGCGGUUUCUCUUAGAUAAUUCCCAUUCUACGAACUUUUGUAUUUUUGCGAAAGGCCACUUGUCUGCCUCUUUUCAUACAACACUUCUUGCCUGAACAUGUGCUUCUUAGCGCUCUCUCAUAUCGUUUAGUUAAAAUAAAAAGAAAAGAGGAACAAGCACGAUUAUUUAAAAUUAGCAAGAACGUUCUCCAAAUUUGCUACCUAUUGCACCUAUGACAAAGAAAACCACAGCUAAACCCAAAAGAACAACAAAAAAGUGGAAUAGUUUUAAACGUUUUAUGUUUUCGAAGGAGGUCCGCGAAAAGUAGUUCAAAUGUGUCGGGAGCGAUAUCCAAAAAACCGAAACGUAAACCUCAUCUCACUAUUUUGAUCGUUUUACAGAUUCAGAUACAUAUCAUUUAGACCACUUGAUAAAACUCUAGGCGUUCUUGCGGUUUCUCUUAGAUAAUUCCCACUCUUCGAACUUUUGUAUUUUUGCGAAAGCCACUUGUCUGCCUCUUUUCAUACAACUCUUUUUGCCUAAACAUGUGCCUUUUAGCGCUCUCUCAUAUCGUUUAGUUAAAAUAAUAGAAAAGAGGAACAAGCACGAUUAUUUAAAAUAAGCAAGAACGUUCUCCAAAUUUGCUACCUAUUGCUACUUAUGACAAAGAAAGCUACAGCUAAACCCAAAAGAACAACAAAAAAGCGGAAUAGUUCUAAACGUUUUAUGUUUUCGAAGGAGGUCCGCGAAAAGUAGUUCAAAUGUCUCGGGAGCGAUAUCCGAAAAACGGAAACAUAAACGUCAUCUCGCUAUUUUGAUCGUUUUACAGAUUCAGAUACAGAUCAUUUAGACCACUUGAUAAAACUCUAGGCGUUCUUGCGGUUUCUCUUGGAUAAGUUUCAGUUUACGAACUCUGAAUAUUUUGAGUGCACCCACUUGCCGAGUUUUUUCAUACGACUCUUCUUGAGCCUCUCGUGGCAAUAAAUUAAAUUAAAAAUAAAAGAGGAACAAGCAGGAAUACGUAAAAUAAGUAAGUAAAUUCUCCAAUUUUAUUACCUCAUUUUACUGCUGAAGUCAAAAUGAAAAAGUAAACAAGAAAAUAACGGAAUAACUCUGAGUGUUACCAUUUCAAAGGAGGUGGACAACCAGUAGUUCAAAUGUCUCGGAGUCGAUUUCCGAGAACAAUUGAACGUGAAAACCCACUUCUGAAUAUUUUGAUCGUUUUACAGGUUGUCAAGACCACUUCCGUGUUAAAUCUCUAAACGUUCUUGUAGUUUUUCUUGGAUAAGUUUCACUUUUCGAACUUAAUUAUUUUUGCGAGUUAUCUGACUUUUUUGCAUAGAAACGAGUACAUUUUUAAUAAAAAUGUAAUUACUAAAAUAUUUAGGCUGGCAUUAGUGUGGCCCAAAAAAUGCGAUUAUUUUUUUUUCGUGUCUCUUGUGAAAAUAUGUUAGUUUAUCAU